UUUAUACGAGCUAAUGCAAAACCCAUCAAUAUGCUCACAUUAGCCUAUAGGAAAACAUAAACACAAGAACCAUUGUUGCGUUAGGCCUAGAGAGAAAAGGGGGAAAACCCAGAGAGCAAAAAAGAAAACCAUGAUGGCAAUUGCACCUCAAACAAUGACUGAGAUGUGGGCAACAAUGGGCUCAACAAUUGCUAGUUUCAUGUUUCUUUGGGCUAUCUUUCGCCAAUUUUGCCCGUAUGAGGUUCGCCGUUACUUGGAAAAAUAUAGCCAAAGAAUCAUGAGUUUCUUCUACCCUUACAUUAAGAUAUCAAUUCAUGAAUACACUGGGGAUCGCCUCAAGAGAAGUGAAGCCUAUGCUGCUGUUGAGGCUUACCUGAGUGUCAACUCUACCAAGUUUGCUAAAAGGCUCAAGGCUGAGAUGGGUAAAGAUUGCAGUAACUUGGUACUUAGCAUGGAUGAGUAUGAGAGGGUCACCGAUGAAUUUCGGGGGGUUAAGGUUUGGUGGGUUUCCAGCAAGCUGGUGUCACCUAGCCAAUCCAUGUAUCCUCAACAAGAAAGAAGGUAUUACAAGCUCACCUUUCACAAAAGCCAUAGGGAGAUGAUCACUGAGGCUUACUUGCAGCAUGUAGUGAGGGAAGGGAAGGAGAUUAGGGUGAGAAAUAGGCAGAGGAAGCUUUACACUAAUAGUCCUGGCUACAAGUGGCCAAGCUACAAGCAGACUAUGUGGAGCCAUAUAGUCUUUGAGCAUCCUGCCACGUUUGAGACAAUGGCCUUGGAGCCUGAGAAGAAGAAGGAGAUUAUUGAAGAUCUUGUUACUUUUAGCAAAAGCAAGGAUUUCUACGCCAGAAUUGGAAAAGCAUGGAAAAGAGGGUAUCUUCUUUAUGGUCCUCCAGGAACUGGCAAGUCUACUAUGAUUGCUGCAAUGGCGAACUUGUUGAACUAUGAUGUUUAUGAUCUGGAGCUCACUGCAGUGAAGGACAAUACGGAACUAAGGAAGCUUUUGAUAGAAACUACCAGUAAAUCGAUCAUAGUGAUUGAGGACAUCGACUGCUCGCUUGAUCUUACUGGUCAGAGGAAGAAGAAAGCGGAGAAAUCUUCAGAUGAUGAGAAGGAGAAAUCAGAGAAGGAAAUUCCUCGUAAAGACCUUAAAGAAGAGGCAAGCAGCAAGGUGACACUUUCAGGGUUAUUGAAUUUCAUCGAUGGGUUAUGGUCAGCUUGUGGAGGUGAGAGGCUAAUUGUCUUCACCACCAAUUAUGUGGAGAAGCUUGAUCCUGCUUUGAUAAGAAGGGGUAGAAUGGAUAAGCACAUUGAACUUUCUUAUUGCAGUUUUGAGGCAUUCAAGGUGCUUGCAAGGAACUACUUGAAACUCAAAGCACACCCUCUGUUCGGCAAAAUUGAAAGGCUAAUGAAGGAGACCAAGAUCACACCUGCUGAUGUUGCCGAAAACCUUAUGCCCAAGUCCCCACUUGAUAAUGCAGAGACAUGUCUUUCAAACUUGAUUCAAGCCCUCGAGGAAGUAAAAGAAGCAGAAGCUUUUAAAACAGAGAAAGAAGAAGAGGCAGCAGCAUGUGACGACAACCUGAGGAAGAAGCAACUUAGAAGAAAGGCAGAGGAGGAAGCAGCAGCUAAUGAGACGUCAGGGUACCCCGUCAACAUAGAUGUUGCCCGGCCACGGGAAAAUGGAGAAGCCGAGGAAACAUUGUGAACUGGCAUCAUCAUUAAAUUCUUGUAUUAAAUAUAUUGCCCACGUAAAUUUCGGGUACAAGGUUGAAGUAA